AGAGGAGAAAGCAGAGAGACCUCCAAGAGGCUGAAGACAUCGACUGAUUGUUUUGUAUGGAUUAAAGUGUUCAUUUCGCUCACGUCUGGAUCCCGUCCAGAGUGAGAAAUGGGACACAUCAUGAAGUCUCUGCUGCUCCUCAUCUUCACUCGUCAUCUCGCAUCAGCAGCCAACCACUCUCUGCAAUUCCUCCUCACUGGCAUCACACCACGAAUCAACUUCCCAGAUUUUACUGCUGUUACUCAGUUGGAUGGACUUCAAAUCGGGUAUUAUGACAGUAACAGCAAUGAGAUCCGAAAGGUAGCCUGGAUAAACACUGUGAAUGAAGAUCCGUGGAACUUGAUUAUGGAGGAUGCACGUCGCUAUCAGGAGGCCUUCAACCUCAGUAUAGCUACAGUAACACGCCGCUUCAAUCACACUGAAGGGAACCACACAUGGCAGUGGACGAUCGGCUGUGGGCUUCAUGACGAUGGAACUAAGAGAGGAUACAGCCGAUACGGUUACGAUGGAGAAGAUUUCCUCAGUCUGGAUCUGAACGCUCUCACCUGGACUGCAGCCAACGCUAAAGCUGUUACUACCAAACGGGAGUGGGAGAAGACGGACAAAGCUAAAGGCCACAAGAAGUUUCUGGAGAAUGAUUGUAUGCAGUGGUUAAAGGAGUUUGUGGAACUGGGCAAAGCCACUCUGGAGAGGAAAGUUCCUCCUGAGGUGUCUCUGUUCCAGAAGGUCUCUUCUUCUUCAGUGGUGUGUCAUGCUACAGGUUUCUUCCCCAAAGUAGUGAACAUCUCCUGGCAGAAGAAUGGAGAGGAUCUGCAUGAGGACGUGAAGCUCAGAGAGACGCUACCCAACCAGGAUGGAACCUUCCAGAAGAGGAGCGUUCUGACCGUCUCACCUGAGGAGCUGAAGAGACACGACUACACCUGCAUCAUUCAGCACAGCAGCCUGGAGAAGGAGGUGGUGCUACUGGUGUCUGAGCGCAGAGUUUCAGGUGGAAUCUUAACUGGUAUCAUCGUUGGGGCAGUAGUGACUGCUCUCCUCGUUAUCAUCAUCUGCGUUGGAGUUUUUGUGUGGAUGAAGAAGAAGUCGUCUGAUUAUCAGCCUCCAGCAAAUUUUAAAAACUCCCACUGACAGAGACGACAAGGCAGAUAACUGAUUCUGAUUGUGAGUGAAGAGAUCAAACGCUGCUUUUAAUGUGGAAGCUAUUGCACUUUUUGGCUUUAUUUGGCUGCUUUUCUGAUUUUGCUUCAUUCUGCUUUCAGUACGAUGGUCAUUGGGAAAGUGUCAUAGAAGCAGCUUCAGACUAUUUUGUAGUUUCUCAAAACUAUGUCACAUUUGUUUGUCUAUUCCUAAGCUUGCUUUCUGAAACUGACCACUGCACUGUAAUACAUGCAGGUUCAGGCUGGACUUUUUUACACAGUGGCAAGUUAUGGAAUUGAAUUUUUUUUUUAUUUUUAGUUUUAGUUUUAGUUUUUUGAGGUCAUUGAACAUUUUUGGUCAACUGAAUCCAGUGCAUGUCUCCGUGGCAGUGAGACACAAAGAUGUUGGUCAUUGUAAACACUGAGUCUUGGUACUGUCCCUCCAGGCAUACCCUGCGAUUUUACCAUGGUUUUAAACACACACAAGCAAAACAGAGACAAACAUUUGCUACUAAAGUCCGUAUAUGAUGACUUUACUCUGUCUGACUGAAUCAGUUUAUGAGUCUAAAUGUCUAAAUGUUUUUAAAACUGUCUUUGUGAGACAGGCUGUAGAGAGACCACCCUGUCGCACUGUGUAAAUCACCGCCUGCUUUUAGUUUUAGUGCGCAGUGUGGAACAUCUUAGUAAAGCUGCUGUAGCUCAAUGUCUUAUUUUUUUAUGUUUUGUGUUGAAAGGGGAUAAAAAUGUUAUAAUGAGCUGAUUUUGAUUUGUGUAGGACAGGCAUAUUAUUCAAACCCACUCAUUUCACAUUUAUCUAGAGAUAAACUUCAGUGGUGGAACUGAUUUCUACUUCACCCUCACAUUCAGAUUAAACCUUUACAUUUCAGUGGCUGAGAGAACAUCCUGAAACACAAA